UCUCUGCAAUACCCAUAUGAUUCUCUCACUCCAAACUCCAAAGUAAGCAUGCCUGGGAAUUACCAGUGAGGGAGAGGGAGAGGGGGAGGGAGAGACGUUGGGUGGUGGCCUAUUUAGCUUCCAGUUUUGGAAUUCUGUUUUCUCUCUUUCGAUUUGUGUGUCAAAUGGCUGUGUAUGCUUAAGAAUCACAAAAGCGACUCUAUCUGAAGUGUAGACCACAAUGGCUUGGCUUCUAUGGAAGCAAUGGUGGUUCUAUGGGCUCUAAUGACUUUGAAUCUGUAGAACUGUCGAAGGACUACUGCAUUAAAAUUUGUUUAAAUUGCAAGGUUGAAGACGAGCACUUACUGAACCGUGGUCUUACUAUUAAGAAGAUAUGAAACUUGGAUCAAAGAGAAAAUGGAGAUCCAUUUUGCCCAUUCGAUUGAAAGGCAGAUCAGUCACCCGUUUUUGUUUGUUUCCCAAUCUGAAGUCAACUAGCUAUAGUUCAGGCAACACUCCAGUUUAUCUUAAUGUAUACGAUUUGACGCCCAUGAAUGGCUACUUUUAUUGGGCAGGUCUUGGUAUCUUCCACUCCGGUGUUGAAGUUCAUGGCGUUGAAUAUGCAUUUGGAGCUCAUGAUUAUCCUGCUAGUGGUAUUUUUGAGGUUGAACCCCGGCAGUGCCCGGGCUUUAAGUUUAGGAAGUCAAUAUUUAUUGGGACCACAUGCUUGGACCCUGUCCAGAUUGGGGAGUUUAUGGAGGACCUUUCUGCAAGCUACAGUGGUGACACAUAUCACUUGAUUGUCAAGAACUGCAACCACUUCUGCAAGGACAUCUGUCUCAAGCUGACAGGGAAACCAAUUCCAAAAUGGGUUAAUCGUCUGGCAAAAAUAGGUUCAGUCUGCAACUGUAUACUACCUGAAGCCCUCAAGAUUGAGGCUGUACGGCAUGAUCCUAAUGGUCAACUACACGAUAGUGAGAAAAGGAGGCUUAGAAGUGCAUUCAGCUGUCUUUCUUCAAUUUCGAUGAGGCAAAAGCAGUUGUCAGCAUCUUCAUUGUUUCUUCAGUUGCCCUUAAAAGGCCGCCUACCAUGGGAAUUGAGGAGGUCUAACAAUGGCUCCUUGAAGGAAAGAUGAGAAACUGCUUGGGAGAAUUAUCUGGUGUCUGUUAACAGCUUCUAAAAAAGUCUUCUUGCAAACGUUGAAUGGAAAGAGUUGAGACUUUGUAUAUUAGUGUGGGGGGCUAUGAUAGCUCGUUCUCUUUCUUUGCAAGUUUGUGGAGUGAUGCAGAUCAUCUUUGAAAACAUAAGCUUGUGGAAUCAUGCUUGGCAUCUUUGUAACAAUUAUUUACUGUAACAUGACAAAGAUUGCACUCAAUUCUUCCUGCCCAGAGAUUGUGACCUUUGUUUUGCCAUUAGCUGACCCCAAUUGUAACAUUAAGCAAAUAUAUUGUCAGGGGAGGUUCUCUGCUUCUUAAAACAAGUUUUUGUA